CCUGAUAAGGUAAACAGUGCAUGCAAAGAUAGUGCUCUUUUGAAAAUAACAUACAUUUAAUAAAUUUACUGUAGGCUAUCAUCCAACCGGAGGAAAUGGAGAUGGAGUCUCUCAAGCAUUGGAUGAGGGACUGGAAAUAUCCAACUUGUCUGUUAUGCAUCUAUGGGUUCUUCAGCACAGUAAGGCCUUUAGAACCAUUUCUCAUCCCGUUCCUAACUGGACCAGACAAGAACCUAACCACUGAGCAGGUAACCAAUCAGAUAUUCCCGGUGUGGACGUACUCGUACCUGGCAGUGCUGGUUCCCGUCUUCCUUUUCACAGAGUGGCUACGUUACAAACCUGUGGUGGUCUUCCAGUGUUUAGUCCUGUUCUCCACCAUGGCGAUGUUGCUGUGGUGUAAUGGUGUACCAGAGAUGCAGGCCAUACAGUUCACGAGCGGAUUGGUGACAUCGUGCGACGUUGCUUACUUCACGUAUCUCUACAGUGUGGUGGAGUUGAAGCACUACCUGAAAGCCACCUCAUACUGCCGGACAGCCCAGCUGCUGGGCAACACCGCUGGUUCAGUGUUGGGCCAGAUCCUAAUCUCUUUUGAACUGAUGUCCUAUAACUACAUUCUAGUGUUUACACUGGUUCUCACUGCCAUUGCACUGAUCACCUCCAUUCUUCUCCCAAUGCCCAAGACAAGUAUGUUCUUCCACCAAAGGAGGAGUGCUAGUGGAGAGACUGAUGGUGAAGGGGAUGCGGGGACAGAGGAGGAACUUCAGAAUGAUGGUCAAAAAGAUGGCAUGAAUGGAUCCAAACAACUGCAGCCAAUACCGGAAGGUUCUGGUAAUUGUGGUAAAAAAAGUGCAAAAAAUUCCAGGUCAGGUGGCUGCGGUGAUGUUCUGCUCCGAUUGUGGUGGGACUUCCUGCAGUGUUUCUCCUCAAAUAAACUGCUUGUCUGGUCAGCGUGGUGGGCGCUAGCUACCGGUGGCUACUACCAGAUAAUAAACUACGUCCAGCUGCUGUGGGAGUAUGUGGAGCCGUCUAGUAACUUCACGGUCUACAAUGGAGGAGUGGAGGCCCUCUCAAACCUGUUAGGUGCCGCGGCGGCGUAUGGCAUCAGUUUUUCAUCUGUUGACUGGUCUCGCUGGGGUGAGGUGGCUCUGGGCACGCUCUCGGCGCUGGAAGGUGGCGCUCUCUUCGCAAUGGUCUUCAGCGCCAACAUCUGGGUCUGCUACUGUGGCUACAUCAUCUUUAAGAGCCUCUACAUGUUGCUCAUCACCAUCGCCAUGUUCCAGAUAGCAGCUGGGUUGAACAUGGAGCGCUACGCCCUUGUGUUCGGAGCCAACACCUUCUGUGCGCUGCUCCUCCAGACAAUCAUCACCUCAGUGGUGGUGGAUAGCAGUGGGCUUGGGCUGGAUAUUGUCACACAGUUUAUCGUCUACGGAGCAUAUUUUUCUAUUAUUGCACUCAUUUUCUUCUUGAGGGGUUUGUAUACCACUAUGUGCCGAAAACCUGAGACUGAAACGCCGUAAGAAAAUCCAGAAGAAGCUUUUAAGGCAGAAGAUGAUGCACAAAUCAUCACUGGAACAAAGUUUUGA